UCCCGCUGCAGGUGAGCCGGGCGGAUGGAGGCAGCGGCAGCCGGAGCCUAAAGCGGCCACCUCGCCCCAACCGGGUCUCGAGAGCCCGCGGCACCCGGACUGGCCGCCGCCCUGAGCACAACAUGUGUAUUCGAAAUGCAAAGAGCAUAUUAUAGAAGGCUUUGGACUGUUCCUGGUUGUAUACAGUAAUACAAUGAAGGCAAUUGAAUUUAAUUCCCUAUGGAUAUUGAUUUCACUACUUUGCUGCCAGUUAUUGAACACUGCAGAGCACGAAGAUGUAGUAAAGCAUGCAAUAAAGCUGCAUCGUGGGAAAGGUGCUGCUGUCACACAGAGAAAACAAUGGGUCUUAGAAAAUUGCAGAAAGCUAUCUGGGCUCCUUCGCCAAAAGAACGUGGUUCUCAGCAAACUAAAAAAUGCAAUAAGAUCAGUGGAGAAGGACUUGGGGCUGUCAGAUGAAGAGAAACUUUUUCAGGUGCAUACAUUUGAAAUUUUCCAAAAGGAGCUGAAUGAAAGUGAAAACUCAGUCUUUCAAGCAAUCCAUGGACUCCAAAGAGCCCUUCAAGGUGAUUACAAAGAUGUUGUAAACAUGAAAGAAAGUAGUAGACAGCGAUUGGAGGCCUUGAGAGAAGCUGCAAUAAAGGAGGAAACAGAGUAUGUUGAACUUUUAGCAGCAGAAAAACAUCAGGUUGAAGCCCUUAAGAACAUGCAGCAUCAAAAUAAAAGCCUGUCCAUGCUAGAUGAAAUUCUUGAAGAUGUUAGGAAAGCAGCCGAUAGGCUGGAAGAGGAAAUAGAAGAACAUGCCUUUGAUGACAACAAAUCAGUGAGAGGUGUUAACUUUGAAGCAGUUUUAAGGGUGGAAGAAGAUGAAGCAGACUCCAAGAGAAAUAUUUCAAAAAGAAAAGUGGAAGAUGACCUGGGUCUUAGUAUGCUUAUUGAUUCCCAAAACAAUCAGUAUAUACUUACCAAGCCCAGGGAUUCAACCAUCCCUCGUGCUGAUCACCAUUUCAUAAAGGAUAUUGUGACCAUAGGAAUGUUAUCUUUGCCAUGUGGCUGGCUGUGCACAAUGAUAGGAUUGCCAACCAUGUUUGGGUACAUCAUUUGUGGAAUACUCUUGGGACCAUCAGGAUUAAACAGCAUUAAGUCUAUUGUACAAGUGGAAACAUUAGGAGAGUUUGGUGUGUUCUUCACUCUGUUCCUAGUUGGUCUGGAGUUUUCCCCUGAAAGGCUAAGAAAGGUGUGGAAGAUAUCUUUGCAAGGACCCUGUUACAUGACACUUCUGAUGAUUGCUUUUGGCUUACUAUGGGGACAUUUACUACAGAUUAGACCAACACAGAGUGUCUUCAUUUCUACUUGUUUAUCCUUGUCCAGCACACCCCUAGUAUCCAGAUUCCUUGUAGGGAGUGCUCGAGGAGAUAAAGAAGGUGAUAUUGAUUACAGUAGUGUACUACUUGGUAUGCUGGUAAUGCAGGAUGUACAGCUUGGUUUAUUUAUAGCUGUUAUGCCAACCCUUAUUCAAGCAGGAGCCAGCACAUACUCCAGCAUUGUCAUGGAAAUACUGAGAAUACUGAUACUGAUUGGCCAAAUUCUCUUUUCUCUGGCUGCUGUUUUUCUUAUAUGUCUUGUUAUAAAGACUUAUCUCAUAGGACCAUAUUAUCGCAAGUUGCAUGCGGAGAGUAAAGGGAAUAAAGAAAUCCUCAUUUUAGGAAUAUCUGCUUUCAUCUUUCUUAUGUUAACGAUCACAGAGCUAUUGGAUGUUUCAAUGGAAUUGGGAUGCUUCUUAGCGGGAGCACUGAUCUCUUCUCAGGGUCACAUGGUUACUGAAGAGAUUAUGUCCUGUAUUGAACCAAUACGUGACUUUCUUGCCAUCAUUUUCUUUGCAUCUAUAGGUCUUCAUGUUUUCCCCACCUUUGUAAUAUAUGAACUCACAGUCUUGCUAUUUCUUACAUUAUCAGUGGUAAUAAUGAAGUUUGUUUUGGCAGUGCUUGUCCUUUCUCUGAUUCUUCCAAAGAGCAGCCAGUAUAUCAAAUGGAUUGUCUCAGCAGGGCUGGCACAAGUCAGUGAGUUUUCUUUUGUUCUGGGAAGUAGAGCACGCAGAGCAGGGAUCAUUUCUCGAGAGGUAUAUCUCCUUAUUUUGAGUGUAACUACUCUAAGCCUUUUGCUUGCCCCAGCACUGUGGAGAGCUGCAACUAUGAAAUGUGUACCAAGACCAGAAAGACGAUCAAGUAUCUGACAAGACUUGUACGGAAAUAAUACAUUUUCUUUGGAAAGAAUCUCCUCAUUGCUCUUUGUGUUUCUAUGCAGCUAGAAAACAGGAGGUUUUGAUAUUCCUCUAAACAUGCACUUGGUUCUGAGCCUUAUACUGAUUUUAAGAAACAAAACACUACAUAAAAAAAGGUUGGUAUUUUAAUGAUUGCACAGCUUUUACAAAACUUUGUCCCAUAUUAGAAUCGGCCAGAAUAACUUUUGAUUUUGAUCCAAUCAGUUACACAGAGUAGAAAUUAUUUUUUUAAAUAUUGCAUCAUGCAAUCGCCUUGAAUAUUUUGCCUGUAUGUGCCUUUUUAUUACAUUGAUUUUUAUCCUCUACUGUUCAUUCAUCACAAAAUUUUGUUUAAAAAAAAAAAGAGAGAAAGAGGGGAAGGAAAAAAAAGAAAAUUCAAGUUAUUUUAUGGUGCCCAUGGUACCUUCUUAAAAUAACUCUUGAGAAAGUUUGUUGUACAUUCAAGAGUUAAUAUGCUGGUCUGACAUCAGUCACAAACCAUAUAUACAGUAGUGUGUAAACUCUAGCCCUUUAAGGCAGAGUUGGGGUUUAACAACUCUAGCUUUCAGCUAUUUUAAGCAUUAAAAUAUAUAUCCCCAAGUGAUACAGCCAGUACUGUAUUAUAUUGUACUCUUGAUUUUCGUUAUGCCUCUUAAAGCAGAUGUUAUGUAUUUGCUUAGGAUUGUAACUUUAAUUCAUUUUAAUUUGUUCUCAUAUUUAUUGACUACAUUUGUGACUAAAAGUUAACUGUGAUCACAUGGUGUCCUGACUUUUAAAUUGUUUUUAAGACUGACACCAAUUAUCAACAUCUCCUGUUAUUGAUUAUUGUUAUACUGAUUGUUUACACUUUUUAAAUUAAUUUAGACCAAAAUAAAAUAGUAGAAAAAGAGAGCCUAAGUAUUUCAGAACUGAAAAUAGAUAUGAAAACAUUUCAGUGACUCUUUAAAAGUUCUUUAGGAUGAAUGUAGAUAACUUAUUCUACAUUAAAAAUGAUUUUGUGUAAAUUAUGUUGCACAAAAGAAGGGACAAUUUGGAUAUGUUUUGAGAACAUGCAUAACUCAAAACUUUAAAUUUAUACUGAAUAAAAUGCAAACUUCUUAGUGAUAUAUUAAUAUAAAAAUGUUUUUAAUUUGUGGUGUUAUAUGUAUGUGCUUCUGUUUUAACAAAUUCUUAUAAUUUAGUCUGUGUAGUAGAGUAAACCUUGUGAAAGCCUGCUCUUUAAAUGUCAUAGAAUGAGCUAACAGAAUGUAGUUUACUCUGACAAACUAUGAAGAUUUAGCUUGUGAUUUUUUCUAUUUAAAAAAACACGUUUUUAUUAAAAUAGAAAUGUAAUUUGUCAACAUUUUACAUCUAGUAUUACACUGCCAUAUGAAAUACCAUUUUUGUGAGUCAAAAAUAGAAAAAUGCACAUUAAAUAUGUAUUGUAGAAUUUCUUAACUUGCUAAUGAAAUCUAAAAAAACCUACCACCUGAAGAACUGUUCAAUUAAUAAACAUACCAUCUUUAACAGAAAAA